AAAAAGAUUAAGGUUUAUUUUAGGAGGAAGAAGUAUGACAAUUUAACUUAGGGCCUGUUCUCCCCAACUUAUGUUCAUUUCAGUUCAGUUCAGAUUAGUUCAGUUCAAACCAGUUCAGUUCAAACCAGUUCAGUUCAAACCAGUUCAGUUCAAACCAGUUCAAUUCAGCUCUUGACAAUACUUUUACUCUCACAUAUCACUAUUCAGUUCAAUUCAGUUCAGUUCGAUUCAGAUCAGAUCAGUUCAGUUCAGUUGUUUUAUGCCGAAGAGAACAAACCCUUAAUGUAAACAUUUUAACGACAAAUUAUACAAAUUCGUGAGUUAGAUUUCUUUUUUUAGUUCUGUAAGUGGAAGUUAUAUACUACCUCCGUUUCUUAAUAAGUGCAACAUUUCCCUUAUUUGGAAUAGUCACAAUAAGUGCAACCAAGCUCAAAAUGGUAAAAAAAAGUUCAAUAUUAUUACAAAUAUGCCACCAAAAAGCAAGAGGGAUCAUAACCUUUUUGUUUCAUCACUUGAAUUACUCUACUUUAUUGUGGUCCCAACUUUCUCUCUCUACAUUCCUUCGUAUUCCCCCACUUUCUCUAUGUUGCACUUAUUAAGAAACGGAGGAAGUAUGUUCUUUAAUUUAUAUUGUAUUUUUUUUAUUUAAAAAAAUUGUUGAAAAAAAUUGGAGUUAAUUAUAUAAAGAUUUUCUCUUUAAGGUACAGGGAGCAAUCCGCAUCAUGGUGCAUAACACACGAUAGAGGACCUUGUUCUUGGCCUUUUUUAUACUGUAGUACACCAUACAAUACACAUGACAAUUUGAAUAUUAAAAAAGAAACGUUUUCCAUUAUAAUAUGUCGGUACGUAAAAGACAUAUUGCAAACGUUAAUGCUCCCUCCACCAUUAUCCUUGCAUUGCAAUAAUGCAUUUCCAAAUUCCAUCAUCCAAAUAAAUGCUUCACCAAUUCUCAACUUCCAUGAAAGUUGCCGUGAUUGGUGGUGGUCCGGCUGGGUUGGCGGCGGCGCAUGAACUUCAAAAGGAAGGUCACGAGGUAGUGGUGUUUGAGCGUGGUGCUCAGUUGGGUGGAUGCUGGGUUUACUCACCUGAGGUUGAAUCUGACCCGCUUGGACUCGACCCGACUCGAAAAAUCGUUCAUUCAAGCCUCUAUGCUUCUCUUAGGACUAAUCUUCCUAGAGAAGUCAUGGGUUUUCGUGAUUAUCCUUUUGUCCCUUCUGGCAAAGCUGACAGAGAUUCGCGAAGGUUUGUAACUCACCAGGAGGUGCUGAGAUAUUUGGAGGAUUUCGCUCGCGAUUUUGGACUAAAUGAAUUUUUCCGCUACGAGACAGAGGUGAGGCAUGUUAGGUUGGAAGCUGAUGGAAAGUGGAUGGUGAAAUAUAGGAGGCUUGGUGGAGACGAAGGCGACGAAGUAGAUGAAGCUUAUGAUGCUGUAGUUGUCUGCAAUGGACAUUACACUGAACCCAGAGUUGCUGAUGAUAUUCCUGGCAUUGAUCUUUGGCCUGGGAGGCAAAUUCAUAGCCACAAUUAUCGUAUACCAAACUCCUUUCAAGACCAAGUCGUAGUUAUAAUAGGGAGUUCAGCUAGUGCCCUCGAUAUCUGUAGGGACAUAGCUGGAUUGGCCAAAGAAGUCCAUAUAGCAAGUAGAUCUGAAACGGUAGGAAGAUAUGGAAAACAUCCUGUUUAUGAUAACAUGUGGCUCCAUCAACUGAUAGAAAGAGCCCAUGAAGAUGGUAGGAUAUCGUUUGAAGAUGGGAGUGUGGUUCAUGCAGAUGUCACUCUUCAUUGCACAGGGUACAAGUAUCAUUACCCUUUUCUUCCUAGCAAUGGUGUCGUGACUGUCGAUGAUAAUCGUGUUCAUCCGCUUUACAAGCAUGUAUUUCCUCCUGCAUUAGCCCCAGGGAUCUCCUUUGUUGGUGUCCCAUCAUUUGUUGUUUCUUUCUUCCUUUAUGAACUUCAGAGUAAGUGGAUAUCACGUAUUUUAUCUGGGCGUAUAUCACUUCCAUCUGAAGAAAAUAUGAUGAAAGAUAUACAACUCUUCUACUCACAACUGGAAGCUAAGGGUGUUCCAAAGCACAACACACAUAAGAUUCAUGGUUUUAAGGGGCUCUUUGCACCAUUUGAAUACGAGGAUUGGCUUGCCGCAGAAUGUGGCUGCCAUCUCGUCGAGGAAUGGAGGAAGAAUAUGUUUUACGCCACUCUCUGUCGUGUGUUGAAACAAACAGAGACUUAUCGUGAUGAAUGUGACGAUGAAGACUUGGUCCAACAAGCAUGUAAAGAUUUUAUGCAAUACUUGUCUGUUGACGGCAAGGCUUUAGUUGCUGGUUCGACAAUUUGAUAUUGAACCUUGUUUCGUUGCUUGUAUAUUAAUAGUUUCUCAUACUGGUUUGUGUUGCAUGCUGCUACUAUAAAAACUUAAACAGAGAAAGCAUAGAAAGAAAUGUGUACUACUAUAUUGGAAUUAUGCAAAUAAGGUUUCUUCUGAUUAUGAAA